AGAAAAAGAAGAAACGGCAUCUCCAUUCAAACAUCCAUUAAACACUUGGCUCCCCCUCAGACACACACACACACACAAAGAAAGAAAGAGAGAGACCCCUAUCCCCGCCAUUGAAGCUGAAACUCAUAGCCAUUUUAUUAUUUGCAAAUAUGGCCUAUACUUUGCCAAAUCUGUCUACUAAUCUGCUCCAUUCCAAAGACAAACUCCCCGUAGUCCACCACCACCACCACCUGUCUCCGCUCUCCUCCGCCUCUUCCUCCGAGCUCCUCCUCGACAUCCCACUCCUUUCUGCGUCUGCUAGGGUUGUCCAGGUCAACAGAGCUCCUCCUUCCUUGCAAAAGGAACGUAAUAAUGACCAUAACAACGACGAUUUCUACGUAAAUUUGGGUUUAGCUGUUCGCACUCUCCGCGAAGACCUUCCUUUAAUCUUCACCAAAGACCUCAAUUACGACAUAUACAGGGAUGAUAUCACAUUUGUAGACCCAUUGAACACGUUUAACGGUAUUGAGAGGUACAGAUUGAUCUUUUGGGCAUUGAGAUUUCAUGGUAGAAUUCUGUUCAGAGAGAUAUCUCUGCAAGUAAUGAGGAUUUGGCAACCCUCAGAGAAUGUGAUAUUGAUUCGAUGGAACUUGACGGGUAUACCUCGUGUCCCCUGGGAAGCCAAAGGCCAGUUCCAGGGCACUUCUACCUAUAAACUGGAUCGAAAUGGCAAGAUUUAUGAACACAAAGUAGAUAACUUGGCUUUCAAUUUCCCUCAGCCGCUCAGACCAGUAGCGCCUUCUGUUCUGGAUUUGGUUACUGCUACUCCUAACCCUACAUUCUCGUUGGACUCGCAUUCCCCUUCCUCAUCUUGGCUGCUCUUUUAUCGCUCUGUCAAGGAGACUUUGGAUCGUCAAAAUCCUUUGAUUUCUCAAGAUUGCUUGCUUACUUGUCCCUAGAUGAUUGGGGAGAGAAUACUGCUCAAGCUGUAUAUGCUAGAGUAUCGUGUAUACAUAAUAUAUAUGUAGCCUACUACUACACAGGGUUACUGAAUACUAGCUUAGAGAAUUACACUAGUGCAUCACCUCAAAUUCAUCUGAUGAUUGAUUUUAGUAAAUUUGCUGAUAUAUAUACUACUCCUAGUAGUUAUUUUCA